CUCUUCAUUCCGUACUGUGCAAAGCAAAUCCAAGUGGGUUUGACGGAGAUUGUCUGCCUUCGCGUCGAAAUGCUUGCAUUCUUAUCGUCACUUAAACAAGACUGGAUGCAUGGGGAGUGCUCAACCUCGCCACACAGCGUAGAGAAAUACUUCAAUCACCUUUAACAUGUCGUCAAAACCAUUCCCCCCUCCCAAUGGGAUGACCUCCUUCUGGCGCUCCUCUCCAGGAUCGCUUGAUAAUCACCGAUCAACGGAAGAACUGCCCUCUCUAUGCGAUAUUGUCAUCAUUGGCGCCGGAUACUCUGGCGGUUCACUCGUGACACAUAUGCUAUCGCAAACUGAGUCAAAAGACAAGUCAAUCGUCGUCUUGGAAGCCCGGCAACUAUGCUCUGGCGCCACAGGGCGAAAUGGAGGGCACAUCAAACCCGAUGUCUACAACUUGUGCUCAAGGAUGGCUUCAAAUUAUGGUAUUCAGGCGGGGGCUGAGAUUGCCGAAUUCGAGCUCGCCAAUGUUGAAGCUGUCAAGAAUUUUAUUCUAGACAACAACGUGGAUUGCGAUUUGAUGAUCACUCAGGCCGUUGAUGUGCAGUUAUCAGAAGACCACAACGCGACACUCAAGGCUGGAUAUGAUAAGCUUGUCAACGCUGGUGUAAGCGCGACAAAAAGGGCAUUCUAUGUCGAUAGCAAAUAUGCUGAAACAGUCUCGGGCAUCAAAGGCGCAAAGGGUGCUUUCAAGUACACCACCGGCCAUCUCUGGCCGUACAAACUCAUCCACCACAUGUUCGCCGAAGGUCUAAAGCACAAGAAUCUGAACCUGCAGACCAACACUCCUGUGAUAGCUAUUCCUGCAGCCCCAGAUCCUGAUGGAAGCUGGAGUGUCACUACAAGUCGCGGUGUUAUCAAGGCCCGGAAAGUCAUCAUGGCCACCAACGCUUACACCGCCGCUCUUCUUCCCGAGUAUCACGAGAAGAUCAUUCCCUACCGCGCGAUUUGCAGCCGAAUUGUUGCACCGAAUCCCCCUCUCUUGGCAGACUCUUACGCCAUUCGAUUUGGUCUUACGGACUUUGACUAUCUCAUUCCUCGACCUGACGGUAGCAUCAUUGUUGGAGGCGCAAGAUCAGCUUACUUCAGACACACAGAAGAUUGGUACGGUAUUGUUGACGAUACGAAGGUAAUCGAUAGAGCAAAGGAUUACUUUGAAGGGUACAUGCAGCGACACUUCCGUGGGUGGGAAAGCAGCGGAGCGCGUACUGAUCAGGUCUGGACUGGCAUUAUGGGCUACUCAUCAGACGGGCUUCCCCGCAUCGGCCGUGUGCCCGGACGAAAGAAUAUGUUUCUCAUGGGCGGUUUCACCGGUCAUGGAAUGCCUCAGGUCUUUCUGACUGCCAAGGGAAUUAGUCGUAUGGUCCUAGAAGAUCUAGCGUACUCCGAGACCGGAAUUCCAAGACUUUUCGAGGAGUCGGAAAGGAGGCUAAAGAGCGACGAGAACUUCUUGAGGGAUAUGAUUGAUGCGCAGCCAAGCCUGGCUAAAAUAUAGCUGAUGAUAGCGCAGCAGGCCAAGACGAGGGGGAGGCAUUUAGUUGGUCGUAACAAAGUAAUAAACAGAAAUCAUUAAUGC